ACUCCUAUUCUGGAGGGUCGCAGUGGCCCUGGCUGCGCAGUCCUUGAUGACAGUAUUUACCUUGUAGGAGGCUACAGCUGGAGUAUGGGAGCUUACAAGUCUUCUACUAUUUGCUAUAGUCCUGAGAAAGGGACUUGGACAGAACUAGAAGGAGAUGUUGCUGAGCCACUUGCAGGACCUGCUUGUUCAACUGUCAUACUGCCAGCCUGCGUACCGUACAACAAAUGAUAGUCAAGGAGCACUGACAUGAACACUGAUUGCAUUUGGGAAACUAAUGACGGGUGACGUACAUAUUUUAUUAGAACAGGAUUCCUGUUAAAACAAAGCUACCAUAAUUGACCCCUUAUUCUAUAUUUAUGCUUUAGGAGCAAACUAAAAGAAAACAAAAACCCAAGUGUUGUCCCAUCUCAGAUAGAUGCCGGUGUCUUACGAAGCAAGCAGCUAAAACACACCGAACAUUACAUGCUGACAGACUGCCAUUUCAGACUGAUUUUAACUUUUUCCUGCUGCAGAGAUAUUCCUCACGUCAAAUUUAACUUUAAAACAAAAUGAAGGCUAAAUGUUCAAAUACAGCCUGAAGAGACAAGAUCAGUAUUGUGCAUUGUAUCUACCUGCAUGUGAUCUGUGUUGAAGUCAUGAGGAUGUUGUUUUCAUGAAUGCUUCAGAAUUCAGAUAGUGAAAAGCUCACACUGCAUUGCAGAAUUGUCUCCUCCUCUAUAAUCCUAACCUACAGCUACUUCACAUGCUCUGCAAGCAACACAGCAUCAGAAGAUUAUGAAAGGUAAAGAAAUAUCACUCAGUUUUUGCACAGCUUGGCAACAAAUACACUCUGCCUUCAAAGUCCCCAUGUGUAAGUGCAGCGGAAAGCAGACUACAAUGAAAGCCAUGCUUUACAGAGCACUUCCUGCAAUACCAGCUUAGGGAUUAGGAUCAAAUUCUUCUAAUCAUACUUGUGUAAAGUCAGAGUCAUUUCACUGAAAUCAUGUGGAAUGACUUUUUACAUUAGUACAAGAGAAAUUUGGUCCUACACCUUGAAUUCUGGGUUUGUAAAUUAAGUUAUUUCUAUGACCACUUAAUGAAGCACCAGAAUCCUUACUUACUUUUUACUAGCCUGUUAGAUAGGAGCAUCCAUGCUAGUUGCUUCCAAAGACAAGAAGCCUGCAUUUAACUAUAAAUGUAUUGCUUUGGACUCUUAAAUGAUUAUGCACAAUUUUGGAGAGACACUGAUAAGUUAAAAUACACCUGUGUGGUUGAUGGUGAAAUGUUUACUAUUGAUCCAAAGUAAUAUGAGGCUAGACUUUCCACUGCCUUAUAGCCUGUGUAAUGAUUUACACAUUGCAAAGCAAGUUCAGGAUGCUACCACAUGGGACCAGUAACGUUUAGGACUUGCUUCAUACACGAAUCAGGCUGUCCAUGUUUUAAGCUUAUGUCUUUCUGUCCUGGCUUCACAAAAGCGGUGACAAAAAUCUGAGCCUGAUUCUUCACCACCUUGCAGUUAACAUAGUCAUCUACACCUCAGCAAAGUAUAUGCAUAAUUCUUCCGUUGUGGUUUACUGGUGCUGCGUCCAUUACCCUCAGGACCAUCUCCUUUGCUGGUAUAAACUGACAUUGCUCCACUGAAGCCAAGGGAUGUGCUUUGGUUAUGUCAGCUAAGAAUCUGGCCUUUAAUUUGCCUAGUUGUAACUGGCUGCACCAGACAAAAGGCAAAGGAGACCCAGAUCCUGCAUUUUCAUGCCUGCACAUAUCUUUCACGAUAGGACUUAAUGCCUGGUGCAUUAAGCAGGGAGCAGGCAACUACUGGAGGUUGGUUUCUGCUGCAGAGGCAAUAGACGGGAGGAAGAAUUCAUUAUUUGCUUUGCAAAAUAGAAAGAGGGUGAAUGUACACAGAAAUUACACUAUAUAUUGAAGCUUGAGAGCAAUAUAAAUAAUGGAGAGCAAAUACCAUGGGACUGUUUCUCUCUGGCAUCAGUCCAGUUUUAUUGCAGUGCAACUCCCUUGCUUGCAGCAGAAUUACACAGUUGUAAAAUUGGAGUAAUGCAGUAAAGACUGAUACCAUACAAAUGCAAUAACCCAAUUGAUGAGGUAGCUGCACGCCUGGAAAAAAAUUGUUUAAACAAAAUAAUUAGCUGAAGAUGCUAAUAUUUGAGUGUGCCGUUGGGGAGUUUUCCAGUGAGCAUCACUAAGGAACUCAUAAAGGUGGAGUGUAUAUCCUGAAAUCUCAAUCCAUUUCUACUAUAUAGUGCAAUCUUAGUUGGUUUUGUAUUUAUUUAUAUUGUUCAGAUCCAAGGGAUCCCUUGUAAAAUAUAUUUGGUGCAAUCAUGACUUUUUUUUUCCUUUCCUGUUGAAAGUAUAUAAAUAUAAAUAUAUAUAAAAAGGAAACUGUUAAGAUACUAAAUGAGGAAAUUUUGAAUGACAUUUAAGAUCAGGAUCAGGUCUGCCAUUAAACACUGACUGUCACCUGUCUCUACUAAAACGUACCAUUUUUAAAGGAUAUUUGUUGUCCUUUUAAGUGGUUCUUUUUUUUACCAAGAUAAUUUAAAGAUUUAUGAGGACUGUAUGUAAAUCUUUCUAUCUUUCAGGAAGGCAUGACCAAGGAAAGUGCUAACUGAAUAAGUCACACAAAGAAUGUAAAUUUUGUACAGUACUAGACUGUGUAAAUGAAGCUUGCUUGUAGGGGGGAAACUUUAAAUAAAACUUUAUGUACUAAUUCAACUGUCUGCCAUAUUCCUACUUACAAAGUGUAUGUAUAAAUAAUAUCUACAUUAAAUUCUUUGGAACUUUUUUUAUCA